UUAAAGAUCCUUCCCCAAGGAUUUUCUCCCACUUCUCGUCUAUUUCUCUCAACCUUCCUUUUUUUCUUAGGAACGCAACAGACUCUCACUUUAUAGGAAAAGAGGAAAAAGGAAAAUGCAGAGCUUCAAAGCUGCAGCUCCUACUAGCCCAGACAUGUUUUGCCACUCUUCUUUUUUUCUCAGAGGAGACGAUUGUAAUAGCCGUCACCAGACGCGUUUCUCGGAUCUUGGAGAGCUUGACCAUCGCGCUGCCGCUUUUCAUCACGAUGAUGCUGUUGAUUUAAGCUCAAGCUCCAUUUUUAGUUUAAAAUCCAGCAAUGUUGCUGUUGUUGCUAAUAGCUUGCACCAUGGCACCUUCAACACGAGCAUUGGGGCAACAGAGAUAGUUUCAAGUGGAAUGGAGUGUUUGGACACAGGGCAGUUCAUGUACCAGAAAGAGAGAACUUUUGGUGCCUCGUUCGGAAAUCGGCAAUUUGAAAACUGGGGUGACUCUGGCCUUGCUGGUAAUAGCCAACAGACUGACACUUCUACUGAUGUUGACACUGACGAUAAAAACCAGCUUCGUGGAGUUCAACAUGGAGCUAUUAUAAAGGUGGAUUCUGUAGCUCAUUCCAAGUCAAAAAGCGGCGACCAAAAGACACUUCGCAGGCUUGCUCAGAAUCGAGAAGCUGCAAGGAAGAGUAGAUUGAGGAAGAAAGCAUAUGUUCAGCAGCUUGAAAAUAGUCAACUUAGGCUUACACAACUAGAGCAAGCACUUCAAAGAGCACAACAGCAGGGUAUUUUUAUCGCAUCUGGACUUUCUGGGGACCAUGCCCAUUCAGCUACGGAAAAUGGGGCCUUAGCCUUUGACAUGGACUAUGCUCUCUGGUUUGAUGAACAUCAACAGCUGAUAAAUGACCUAAGAUCAGCUGUAAAUUCUCGUAUGGGAGAUAAUGAAUUGCGCAUUCUUGUUGAGGGUGUCAUGGCACAUUAUUAUGGGGUUUUCAGGCUAAAAAGCAUUGGUGCAAAGGCAGAUGUAUUUCACAUGCUCUCUGGUAUGUGGAAAACACCAGCAGAGAGGUGUUUUAUGUGGUUGGGAGGAUUUCGAUCAUCUGAACUUCUCAAGAUCAUUGGAAACCACCUUCAGCCUUUGACAGACCAACAAUUAAUGGGCCUAUGUAAUCUGCAACAGUCCUCUCAACAGGCUGAAGAUGCCUUAUCACAAGGAAUGGAAGCUUUGCAACAAUCUCUGGUAGACACCCUUUCAUCUGCAUGUUUGGGUCCUACUGGUUCUAGAAAUGUUGCAGACUACAUGGGCCAGAUGGCAAUUGCGAUGGGCAAGCUUGCCACAUUGGAGAACUUCCUUUACCAGGCUGACCUUUUGAGACAGCAGACUCUGCAACAAAUGCAUCGAAUUUUGACCACUCGCCAAGCAGCCCGGGCCCUGCUAGUUAUUAGUGAUUACACUUCUCGGCUCCGGGCACUUAGCUCUUUAUGGUUAGCCCGACCCAGAAACUGAUAUUCUUUCAUUCCUUGAGGCUCUUCUUAAUUUCAUGAAUGCUUUGCACAGAAUAGUUCUGCAUUUUCACCUUCUUUUGGAACCCAUUGAAGGUGCUGGGAUGGCGAAGCUAAAGCAUGAUGUGAAAUGUCUCAUGAUAGGCUAAAUCUUGGUUGCUGUGUAAUUUUGUCAGCAACCCUAGGAAAAUUUCCGCUUA